AUGUUGUUCAACCUCCCUUUAUUGCUGCUGAGCCACUGCUUAGGUGCAGUGCUUGCUCGCCCAUCUGAGGCUCCAAAGAGUUUGCCUCGACGACAAGAUGCGGCUGACGCGACUGUUCCGCCGCAAUCGAUCUGUGGCGACAUCAUCGACAGUGUGAAUGAAGGAUAUCGAAUUUUCUGGGCCUCAGACGUAUACGAAUGCUUGACUAGCGUUCCUUUCAACGACGCCGUGGCACUUCGCUUCAUCGAGUACUACAACGAGACUAUGCAGUUCCAAAGCACACUGGCAUAUCUCAAGAAUCCUCCUGAAGGCUAUCAACAACCUGCGUUUGACCUCAACCAAGGCUUGGAGCUUUUGAAGGCGAACGUAACUUCAGGUGCCUACAAGAAUCAGUACGAAUUUGAAGCCGAUCUGCAGCUUUUGGUCUACUCAGUCCAUGACGCCCACGUCGAUCUUGCUGCGGGAAUUCUUUCAGCCUUCUCAUUUUCGAGCCCUUGGUCCCUCGUCACAGCAUCAAUCGACGGCAAGGAGAUCCCCAAAAUAUACUUCGAAUUUGACAUGCUUGAACCCCAUGCCGACUGGAAUCAGAUCAUGGGCAACCCCGUACAGGAUAUCAUGGGGGCGUUGAACAUCUUCGCCGGCAGCGGUACCUUCUACCCAGGAGACGCGCUUAACUUCACCUACGAAGAUCCCAGCCUGACCGUAAACGCCGUCGAAGAGACCUACUGGGUAGCAAUCUACAACAACCCUGAUUUCACCGGUCCUCUGAGAACCGGCGGCGACUUCUACAACUACUUCGUCCUCGGACUGCUGCCAGCAUCCUAUGGUGAAGUCCCGCUGCCGCCGGCGUUUGGAGGUGGCGACCAGUCAGGCGGCACCAUUGACAUAGAGCCGCAGCAACAACGCCGGAGCUUCUACAAUGAGAGUCUGAAAGCAUUCCCGGCCAACCCGGACGUCGUACAGCACAACUUGGAUGGUGAGGCGGAGGGGGCGAGGGCUGGGCUCCGACGGGCCCUUCAGACCUCCCAAGGCCAGCCUAUACACAUCUGCAUCGACAAUACCAGCGUUAUUCAGGGGAUUCGGGGUAAGGUCCCAGACUCCUCACAAGCGGCCUUCCUUGAGAUCCAGGAGUGGCCCACCCUCUACCCCUACAGCCGCCAGGAGCCCGUAGGACCUAUAGGGUCCCUCGAUCGCUACUUCAAGGGGCUAAUCACUGACUCUGAAGGCUUCCAGGCCUUCCUCUGCGUGACAGACUUCUUCCAGAAGACCUGCCCGCGGUACUAG